AUGAUUGAUAUGGAAAUUCCAUUGCUUUCAGGUGAAUCAGUUGAUCAUCGAAUUGAUGCAGCUACACGUGAAGCAGAAGCUGGUUAUAAUUUAUGUGCCAGUUGUAACUUUGAGAACUUUAAACGUUUUGAAUACUGUGUCUUAUGUGGUGAUAAACUUCCAUCCAUGUCCAUGACAACGGCUGAAGAUGGGAGUGAAGAUGAGGACGUACAACAUCAUCCUAUGGAGGACUCGGAUCGAGGAAGAGCAGCUUAUAUGGUCAUUAAUGGACGUAAAUCAUCACAUUUGCUAUCACCUCGACCGAGAAAAAUAUCGUCGCUAAGUCGACAGCAACGUCGGGCUAGAAAUCGUCGAGAAUGGAGCAGGAAGUUGGAUGUGGAAGGUAAUCUUUUCUGGUACCGCAGUGGAGGUGGCAAUUUGCCAGUAAGUACAGACAUGGACACGAUCAUGCCUGGGUAUACGGUGAGUUUCACGUUUCCAGAGAACCAGGAGCUGAGUGAUGAGGAGGAGCAGACUGACUGCGUGACUAAGGACCAGGAGGAACUGCAGCAGGAGAAUUACAAAGAGCAGGAAGAAUUGACGACGGAACUUGAGUCGGUUGUGGCUGCUGCACGGCCGCAUUAUAUAAUGGAAAACGGGCUUGAAAAACCGGUGCUACCUACAGACGUGAAGGUAGAGCUGACAGAGGCUUCGACAUCUAGCCCAGCUAAAUUCUCGACGGGAAAUUUGACACUUGCCGAUGCUGGUCCUGAACGGCGAAAGGAAACGGUGGUCAUGGCGGCUAGCGACUUUCCUACUAAGUAUGCACACUUUGUAGUCAGCACUGCUUCGCUCAUUGUGCCUGCAGAGGUUGAGUUUUUGAAGUUGUCGGUGCACCGUGACUAUAUGCUGGAAGAGUCUUUGGAUCACAUGUACUGUAUUCAGCCUAAGAAUUUGCGUUCCUUCAUGCGCAUUAACUUUUUGGAUGAGAGUGGCGUGGAUGCUGGUGGUGUGCAUCGUGAGUGGUUUAUGCUAGUGAACGAGCUGCUGGCUUCGCCGACGUUGCGACUUUUUAUCUGCAAUAACAAAGCUGACCAGAGCUACUUUAUCAAUCCGCAGUCCCGUGCCGAUGUGGGGGAGGACCACCUUGCUUAUUACUUUGCCACCGGGCGAUUAAUUGGCCGGGCAUUGUUGGAAGGUGGGAUCUGGGGUUUUCAUCUCGCACUUCCGUUGCUGAAGGUGAUCUUGGGCGUGCCAGUGACGUUUGCUGAUAUGGAGCACCUUGAUCCAGAGACUUACCGCAGCUUGAAGUGGUUGAUGGACAACGACGGCGUGGAUGAUCUUGGGCUCGAUUUUAGUAUAAUUGAGCAGGUAAAUGAAUCUAGGGUGGUGGUGGACCUGAUCCCAAAUGGACGAAAUGUGGCUGUCACGGAUGAAAACAAGCGUACGUAUUUGGAUCGUCGCUUCCGAUACGUGCUCUUCGAGAGUGUGGCAGAUCAAAUGUACGCAUUCUUGACAGGUUUGUAUGAAGUCAUUCCCUGUGAGAUGCUGCUCAUCUUCGACCCAGAAGAGUUUGACUAUCUUUUGUGUGGAUCUCCCGAAAUUGACGUUACGGAUUGGGAAGCUCACACUGUUCUCACUCCAAAUCUCAAGGAUGCUAAUGUGACCCGGUGGUUCUGGGAGAUCGUUGGUCAAAUGCCAAAUGAAUACCGUCGGCGACUUUUGCUAUUCGCAACUGGAUCAACAUGCGUGCCGCUCUCUGGUUUCCGUGGCCUCACUAGCUAUGAUGGCCGUCUAUGUCCAUUCAACCUCAAAGGUGUAUCGUACCGAAUGACGCAGUACAUUUCAAGCCACGCAUGUUUUAACCGUUUGGAUUUGCCGCUGUACCAGAACAAGAAGGAGUUGAAGAGCAUGUUGUAUGCUACGUUGGACAACGAUCUCACGGGUUUUACAACAGCAUGA